AUGUCUUUGCCUGGUCUUGGCCUAGAAGAGCCCGAGGAGGUUCACACCGUCGAGACCACCCAACAUGACUUGGCGAAGGAGACCGAAUGGCGGUUCGAGGUCCCCGUGGGCAAAUACGUGCAGGUCAAAUUGCUGACUGGUACCGCCGAACUGUUCGGCACUGAACUUGUCACCGGAAACACCUAUACUUUUACGGCCACCAAAGCCGCAAUCUACACGUGGAACGGCUGCUCCUUCGAGAUCAGCGGCGAUGCCCUGCAGAGCGAGUACACUGCCGAGGAGACGCCCAUGAGUGACUACAUCAACGUUCACUUUGCCCUUGAGGAACUGCGUGACCGAGCGCGAGCCAAUGGACGUGAAGGACCGAGAGUCUUGGUCCUGGGUCCAGACAAUGCAGGCAAAACUACCCUUGCGAAAAUCCUCACGGGGUACGCCAACAGGUCGGGACGCUCGCCCGUCGUUGUCAACCUGGACGUGAAGGAAGGCGUCAUGAGCAUCCCCGGCACCUUGACCGCAACCGUGUUCAAGACGCUGAUGGGCGUGGAAGAAGGCUGGGGGGCCGCGCCCAUGUCAGGACCUAACGGAGCCAUCCCGGUCAAGUUGCCCCUCGUCUACUUCUUCGGCAGCUCGAGGCCAGAAGAAAAGGAAGGCAAAGUCUACAAGGCUCAAGUCAGUCGACUAGCUCUCGCAGUCGCAGGGCGUCUUGCCCAAGAUCCCGAGGCCAGAGAAAGUGGCCUCAUCAUCGACACUCCUGGCAGCCUGACAAACAUCACGGCCGGCAACAGGGUGGGAUACGACAUCAUCCAGGACGUUGUAUCAGAGUUCGCCGUCUCCGCCAUCAUCUGCCUAGGUUCAGAAAGACUCUACAGUGACAUGGUCAAAAGAUUCGACGGCCAGCCCGUCCCGUCACGCAGCUCAGCCACAUAUUCACCAGAAACGCUAUCCGUGAUCAAGCUGGCCAAAUCAGGCGGCUGUGUCGACCGCGAUGUGGCUUACAUGACUGCCUUCCGUGCUGCUCAAAUCAAGACAUAUUUCUACGGCAACCCUCGGCUCAGCAACGGAGUCGCAUUACAACCUCGACAGCAACAAGUCGACUUCUCGACUCUGAGUGUCUGGCGACGAGUUGGGACAACGCCGGAUUCGUCAGCGCUUGCGGCGACUGGCGAAUAUGACGAGGACUCCUUCCUGCCCGGUGGGGCCGACGAUGCAGACGACACGUUUCCAGCGACAACAAAAGUCGCCCUACCCCCAAAUCAGAUCUUUGAACGGAUGACCGCUCCAGUGGCCGCGAUGCGAAGCUCCGUACUCGCGGUACUGAACUGUGAUGGCGAAGCCGACCAGGAGGUCAAGAGAGACAGUAGCGUCAUGGGCUUUCUUUACGUGACGGACACGGACGAGGCGAGAGGAAGAAUCAGUUUGCUGAGCCCGGUGGCCGGCAGGGUGCCGAACAGAGCGAUUGUGUGGGCCGGUUGGCCUGAGGGCGUCAUGGGCUUGGAGAGGAUGUGA